UGUGCUGUUUCGUGCUGCUCCUCUCAGUAUCUAGAUCUAUGUUGUAGCCUAGAACGAGCGGGCUGUGUGCGCUUCACAUUACACGAGCAUACGGGGUGCAAAGAUUGAAUUAGAUUUUUUACUAUUAUUAUUAUUAGUAUUAUUAUUAUCAUUAUUCCGCCGUGGUCACUUUCUUCGGGGCUUUUUUUCUCCUCUGUUUGGAUACCUCGGACUUAGGCAUUGGAUAUGUGCACAAAGGAUGAUGAAAACCCCUUUCCUCAUCGUAGAAGUAAAAUAAAAUAGGCUUUCGCGCACACUGGAUUUACCUCUUGCCGUUCCAUAUGAAGAAGUCAAAAAGUUGGAUAGACGUCUGUGUCCAUUUCCUGCUGUUCAUGACGCUUGGGGUACAUUCAGCUGCGACUGGAAAAGUGGUCAAUGAUAUUGACAGGAGAGUCCCUGAUUUGAGACAAAAUAUUCCAAAAGAUUAUAAAAUCCCCAUCAAGUUCAUUCCCAAAGAAAUGGGCGACAUGUGUUGGGCAAAGUUAAAUCUUUACUACUUGGAGGAGAGCUUGAAGGAUUUAUCUGAAAAGUUUGGAAACAUUUCAUCUAAUAAUCUCAACAUACAAAUACUCAUCCAAUUCAUUGAAGAGAAGCGGAUAGGAAUCAGUAAUAUGAAUACACAAAUGUUAGAGUUUGAGUGCCACUACAGAGAUGAUAAGUGGGAAACAGGGAAAUACUUUAACUUUGUCGAGGAGGUGUGUAAUACUGCAGACAGAGAAAGACCUGAAGAGGAAUGUGAUCCACCUCCCUGUCCCACCACACCGAUACCGACAGAAGAAUCCUCUUCAGCUCAGUAUACGUCAGGCCAAGACACGUCACUCAGUAUCUCUACUAAAGAAAUAGCGCGCUCAUCAGCUUCAUCGCCAAGUCCCCUUCGCCAGGUGGUGGAGAAAAGCCUUUUCUCCUUACUGUUUAUCCCACUGCUGGCCCUAAUCUUCCUGCUUGUGUGGAAGGUCAGGUCAAGAAGGAACGUAGAGCAUCCUCGAUCAAAUCGUGGAGAAGAAGAAAGCUUUACAGAGCCGAUGGCACCUCAGCCAGCCGGUGAAACGUCAGAAAAGUAAGCUGCUUCUGUCGUUUUCCACAGCUUGUGCAUCUUGCAAAUGAAUGCAAUUAACAACAUAAUUGUUAUUUGUGUUCUUUUUGUAUUUUGUUUAAUCUCUUGUCAUCAAUGACAUGGGGUCUGGACUCGAUUAUUCUAACUUCUGAGGAUAGAAAAAUCUGCAGUGAACAAGAAAGAAGUGGAAACACAAACCACAGAGUCAUAUAACUUGAUAAGAAGCAGGUGUGCUCUUAAACGAGCGAUAUGCACUGUAAAAACUGUGAAGUGGUAGUUUCUUGAAAGAACUGGGACUUUGUCCAAAAGCAGGGUUACUAUACAAUUACACAAUGAAAGGUCAUGGAACUUCAAAUCAUAAGAAGGACAGUAAAUCUGGACUGCAGUGCUUCAGCUGUUUGAGCUUUGAGAAUUUGCAUUGAAUUUUUAAAGCCCUCACCUUUACUUGACUUCCCCACCUCAACCCUCGCAGUAAGUGUAAUAUAUCAUCACAGCCAGUUAAAUGGUAUGAUAUGUCAGAAGUAUGUAGGGUACUACCAAAACUGAAUAGUUUUUAUAUCGUAUUUUCUUCCAUUUAAUUAAAUAAUACACUAGUUUUAGAAUUUCCUACUAAUUUUAAACAGAAAAACAGUAUCUCAAUAUAACAUUAAAAAUGCAAGUGCAAAUACUCCACCUUCUUCAAUAAACUCAUAUCUUGCUUCUGCUGUCAAUGUUUAAUCCAGCAGGAAAACACUUUUGCCAAAGCAGGAAGCUAGCGUUAGCUUGUCUGAACUUUGUUUUUAUAUGACUUGUUCAUAAUUCAGCUCAUAGCAUCUUUCAGUGCAGUUGCAGUUAAGGGUGUGCCAAACAAAACUUUCAGAAAGACACUUAACACUCGAUUUUGGAUGUUGUAGAACUAAAUAUGAUUGAGCUGCACUAAGGGAAGCGCUCCACAGCGACUCCCACCAGCUCCUACAGACUAGUGCCAGCAGCAAUUAGCAAUUAGCUGAGCUUAUCAUGUAAACUACAGCACUGCUAAGAACUGUUGGAAGCAACAU